CAAUUUUUAAAAAUAAAAAUUUUAAUUUUAAAAAGCAAACAAAAUGAAUCAAGACAAUUCAUCUAUGGAUAUGGAUCCCGAAAUAGCAAAAAAGCUUUUCAAUCAGGGAGCUGUACUGUUUAUAACUGGCGUUCCUAAAGGCACCGAAUUCGGCAUAGACUUGUGUUCGUAUGUGAUUGGUGAUAAUUUCCGUGGUGUCAAGAUGAUACCACCAGGACCUCAUUAUGUAUGGUGUGCAGCUACUGGACCAUAUGGCGACACAGCACCCAGGGUGGGAUUCACGUAUUUCUUUGAAGAACAAGAGCUGGUGGUUAGAGAAUGGGAUGCAAAUAACGAGGAGUUAAGAGAAAGACAAAUUGCCGAACCUGAAUUGGAAAAGCAACGUUUAAAAGAGAAUCUGAAAAUGUUAGAUGCAUAUUUGCCAGCCUAUGAUUUCCGCUAUUGCGGUGAAUGGCGCAAACUAACCGACACUAUUACCAAGCAAUGUGUGGAAAGGUGCAGGCCAGCUUUGGGUACAAUACGAACUAAUGUGGAAUUAUUAUCAUGCCCAGACGAGGAAAGACCGCGAGGACCUUUAACGGAAGCCCAUCCAUCUAUGACCGCUAAAUUGGUAAAUGAUGAAAAUGACUUGUUGCCACAGUUAAAACCGGUUGAAGGAACUGCACCUAGGUUUAGCCAUAUACCAGAACGUAUACCUAAGAAUUCAACACCAGCCGAAAUAUCUAAACAUUCUUUGGAUUGCAUACAAGCCUGCAAUGAAUUAAUAAGAAACUUUAAUAAUGCACCAGAUUUAAUAGAGGAAAUACAAAUAUCUUUUGUGUUUUUUCUGGUUGGAUAUUCUGUAGAGUCUCUAGCUUAUUGGCGUAAAGUUUUGUCAUUGUUGUCACAUUCAGAAGAGGCGGUGGGCAAAUACCGGCUGUUAUUCAUGAAAUAUAGUGAAGUGUUAGUCCAUCAACUGCCGCACUUGCCGGAGGAGCUAAUGGAACCAUCGGAACGUAAUACGGUGUACAAGGAUGUACGCUCAUUGUUGGUGAAUUUAAAUCUGGGUGGUCUUCACAAAAGCGCUGAGUUUUUAACAAAAAAACUAAAAAAUUCUAUGAAUUGGACAUUUGAGGGUUUGUUAGAUGAAGAUCCGGAAGAUAUGCCAGUUGUAGUUGAAACCAAUUAAUAAUACCCAAACAAUGCUAACAUUAAUAUCCUGCACGUAAGUAACAUUUAAACAUUUAUUAGUUUUAUUAUUGUAUGUAGUAUUUGUUAUAAUAAAAUUUGUAAUAAAAUAAUUGAAAGUAAUGUAAAAUGAA